CAGAAUUGAAACGUACGCACUGCGAUUCUAUUAUUAAAGAAGACAAAACACCACACAUUGAUCCCUUUGGCCGCACUAUAGCGACCGAUUAGACACUGUUAUGGUCGGAUGGACAUUUUGCCAAUAAUCCCUUCUUAAGGUUUAAACAUUAAAACAACUCCAUUGAUGUAUUACUAUUUUAGCAAUAAAAAACACAACGUAGGCCAUGAUGAUGACUUCACUCUAUCUUAUCUCCUCAUUCUACAAGGUCCAUAUUCAUUCAUAUGAUAUCUAUUUACAUCAACAAGACACAGUAAGUACCAUUGAUAGCACUAACAAAAUUCUGGGUGUUCUUUUCUUCUUUCCCAUCUUCUUGGCGUCAGGAUAUAGUAUUAGUGACUGGGUAUCAUAGAUAUUCAUACAAACAAGAAUGGCAGAAACGAGAAAAGCAGAGUUGGUGUUGAUUCCCUCAGCAGGGGUAAGCCAUUUGGUGCCAUUAGUUGAGUUUGCAAAUCUCCUCAUCACUCGAACCAAUCAUCUUUCCGUCAAGAUCCUCAUCAUGACCCUCCCCUCCGACACAAGCUUCAUCGGCUUGAAGAAAUCCAUGGCAGAAUCAUCGGAUCCUCGGAUCAAGUUUAUUGAUCUAAAACCAGAACUGACUGACCCUUCUUCACAAACAUCAUCAGGUGUCAAUUUUUUCUUCCAAUUUAUUGACAGCCAUAAGCCUCAUGUCCGAGAAAUCCUUACCGGAAUAAACGAUUCCGGGACGUCUAAGCUCGCCGGAGUUGUUGCGGAUAUGUUCUGCACAUCCAUGUUUGAUGUGGCCAUUGAAUUUGGGGUCCCAUAUUACUUGUUUUUCACUAGUGGGGCUUCAAUGCUUGGUUUAGUGUUGCAUCUCCAAAGCUUGAGAGAUGAUCACAAAGUGGAUCUUACUGAUUUUAAGGAUUCAGACAAGAACACUGAGAUUGAUGUUCCAACUUAUAUCAAUCCUGUUCCGACCAGAGUAGUGCCAUCUGAGUUCUUGGACAAUGUCGCAAUCAGAGAUGUGUUUCUUGACCUGGUGAAAAGAUACAGAGAGACUAAAGGAAUCAUAGUUAACACCUUCAAAGAAUUGGAAAUCCAAGCCAUGGUAGCUUUCAGUAAUGACUGUAAAAUCCCACCAGUUUACACAAUUGGACCUUUAUUGAACCUUAAAGGAGGGAAAUGGAACGAUAACCAGAAGAAGCAGCAAGAAGAAGAAGAUGAUGAACAGAGUAUUAUGAAAUGGCUGGAUGCUCAACCUGAAUCCUCUGUUGUGUUCCUCUGUUUUGGAAGUAAAGGAGCAUUUGAUGGUGAACAAGUCAAGGAAAUGGCCAAUGGAAUCGAGCGUUCUGGUUACCGUUUCUUGUGGUCAUUGAGAAAGCCACUUGCUUCAGGCAACUCUGGUUACCCUGAUGACUAUGAGAAUCUGGAAGAAGUAUUGCCAGAAGGGUUCUUGCAGCGAAAUUCGGUUGUCGGAAAAAUCAUAGGAUGGGCACCACAGGCUGCUAUUCUGUCGCAUCCUGCAGUUGGAGGCUUUGUUUCGCAUUGUGGAUGGAAUUCGACGCUGGAAAGUAUUUGGUUUGGCGUGCCGGUCGCGACUUGGCCGCUUUAUGCAGAGCAGCAAUUGAAUGCAUUUCUGCUGGUGAAGGAUUUGGAAAUGGCUGUGGAGAUUAAAAUGGACUAUAGGCAUCGGAAUCGAACAACGCCGGAGUUGAGUGGCGAAGAUGUAAGCGCUGAACUGAUUGAAAAGGGGAUUAGGCUUGUUAUGGAACCAGAGAAUGAAGUGAGAAAGAAGGUGAAGCAAAUGCAAGGUAAGAGUCAUUCUGUGUUUGAGGAAGGAGGAUCAUCUUAUACUUUUGUGAGAGGUUUCAUUGAUGAUGUAAUGAGCAAUGUCCUCUAAGACAUUCCAGACCUUUUCUUUACCAAACAGGUUUAAUGUUUGGUUCUUGGAAUUAUUCUGUUGCGUAAUUAUAGUAAUCGGAUUUGAAUCCUGAAUUUCACGCGUUGCUGUUUAGUUUGUGAAUGAUUUUCAGUCCAGCACUGCUUCUAUAUAUGAGACAUUCUCUUGCUCAUGGGAUAUAUUAACAAACCACAUCUUCACAAAUGCAAGAAUUAAUGAUUAGUUGGUGUCCAAUAAUGAUACAUACCAUAUAGAAAUACCAAGCCUUGUAUUCUGAGCCUUGUGCAAUAUCCGAUAUUUUUCUGUUGCUCAAAACUCAAUUGAGCAGCACUUCACCGGUUCCGCGCGAGCCACUUGAUCAUUUACAAUGUUGACAUGAAUUUGGUGAGAUG